UGCAUACAUCAUUGGACUCCUCUGAGGGCAAGCGUUAAGGUGGGCAGAAACCUUAAUUGAUGAAAAUGCAAUUAAUUUCUUUUCUCUAAAAGAAUUUCUGGAUCAGUUUAAGCAAACGUUUUCUCUCUGGCAUAGUGAUAAAUCUGAACAACAGAUCAGUAGCAGAAAUUACCAUAGUUUCGCACUCUCGCCGCACAAUCAGGGUGGAAUCAGCCGGCUCUUAAAGGGGCUUUUCGGAACGCUUUAAAUGAAAGAAUCAAAGGCGAGCUAGUCAGCUGUGACGAACCGGACACCCUGAAGGAUCUGAUACAUCUAUCCAUCAGAAUAAAUAACAGAAUCAGAGAGAGAACAAGAAAGAAGAAUCAUAACAAACCUGACACGGUAAGUCAUCCGCCUGUGAUGACGUCACCAGAGGUUAAAACUAAAUCUGCUGUUUUCUCCCCUCAGGCCGAACCCAUGCAGCUUGGCCGAACCAGAUUAUGCAGUGAGGAGCGAAAUAGACCACUAAUAUCUGAAAGAUGCCUGAAAUGUAGUGAGAUGGGUCACUUUCGUCUACAUUGCCCGGUUUGGCCAAACGGGAGAUCCCGUCAAUAGACAAAGGGGAAUUGACGGGCAAAUUUGCUGAAAUCGGGGGUAAGAUUUCAUCUCCACUUGCAUCUGUGCAUUGAACAGGAGCAGCAUCCCGUUUUGGCCCUAAUUGAUUCCGGAGCAGAACAAAAUCUAAUCAAUCCAGAACUGGUCAAAGAAUUAAAUAUUCCUACACAAAGCCUGCCCACUCCUGUUCCAGUAGCAGUAUUAGACGGAAAUGCACUGGAAACUGUCUGUCUUCAGACACAUCCCCUCCACUUCAUAACAUCUGGUAAUCAUCAUGAACAAAUUUCUUUCUUUUUUUGCCCCAGCAAAGAAGCCCACGUGGUCCUAGGUCAUCCCUGGCAAAAGAUUCCCCAUAUAAACUGGACCUAUUCUUGCAUUGAGGCUACUGCCUUCGUUUAGGUGUUCCUGCUACCUCAGUUCCAACCCAACCUCUCUCAGGUUCCUAGUGAAUAUUAUGAUCUCAAAACUGUGUUCAGUAAAGAUUUGGUGCUGUCUCUUCCGCCUCAUCGCCCCGUAUACGACUUCAGUAUUAAUUUACUUCGUGUUGGUCAAUUACCUGGUUGUCUAUAUAACAUUUACGAUGCUGAGAGAAAGACAAUGAAACAGUACAUUAACGACUUACUCAAAGCAGGAAUAAUUCGCCCAUCUUCCUCCUCUCCCGUCGGUGCAGGUUUAUUCUUCGUGGCGAAGAAAGACAAAACCCUGAGACCAUACAUCGAUUACCGAGCACUAAAUCAGAUCACCCAUUAAAAAUAAAUAUCCACUACCUCUUCUUGCCCAGCUUUUGAAACCGUCUGUGGUGCCACCUUGUUUACAAAACUUGACCUCAGAAACGCCUACCACCUCGUCUGCAUCUGUGAAGGGGACGAGUGGAACACCGCCCUCAAAACCCCGGUUGGACAUUUUGAAUAUCUGGUAAUGCCCUUCAGGUUAACUAAUGCUCUCGCAGUCUUCCAAGCUCUGGUAAAUGACGUCCUUAGAGACUUCAUAAAUGUCUUUGUUUUUGUCUACCUUGAUGAUAUCUUAAUCUUCUCUAAAGAUCUCGAAUCCCACAAGAAUAAUGUCCUCAGGGUUCUACAACGUCUCCUGGAGAAGCGUCUGUACGUCAAGGCAGAAAAGUGUGAGUUCCAUGUGUCCACCAUAUCCUUCCUUGGAUUUAUUUUUGAGGGUGGACAGGUCAAGGCAGAUCCAGGUAAAGUUCAGGCAGUGGUGGACUGGCCAACUCCCUGCACGAUAAAAGCGCUUCAACGCUUUCUAAAAUUAUGAUGUAGGUGAUCGUGAACUACUUGAUAUAAAAAUGGCUAUGGAGGAAUGGCGUCACUGGCGCAUCUUUACCCAUCAUCAACUGGAUGGACCAUACAAACCUGGCUUACCUUCAAUCCGCAAAAUGCCAAAAUUCCCGCCAAUUCAGAUGAUCUUUAUUCUUCUCCAGAUUCAACUUUUCCAUAACCUACAGACCCAGAUCACAGAACACUAAACCCGAUUCACUAUCCCAACAAUUCUCACCGGAUGAGAAUGAGCCAGAACCUGAACUGAUCAUUCCUCAGUCAUGUGUCAUGGGGUCUCUUUCCUGGAAAAUGGAGGACCAGGUGCAAAGGACUCAGGAGGAGGACACCCAGGUCGCAUUUAUGUUCCUACCUCUCAAAUAUCUCAGGUUAUCCAUUGGCCCCAUGCAUCUAUUUUCUCAGGACAUCCUGCUUCAAGCCACACAAUCGCAUUCAUUUGCAAAUUGUUUUGGUGGCCAACCCUUAACAAGGACGUCGUCGAUUAGGUCAAUGCCUGUUCCAUCUGUGCUCACAGCAUCAAUCUCCAGCCAGACUCCUUCAACCCUUGUCCAUCCCCAGUCAACCCUGGUCACACAUUUCUCUGGACUUUGUUACUGGUUUGCCUCCUUCACACAACAAAACUGUCAUUCUUUCUAUAAUAGAUAAAUUCUCUAAAGCAUAUCAUCUCAUUGCUUUAACCAAACUCCCAUCUGCUGCUGUCACUGCUAAGUUACUCAUUCAACAAGUCUUCAGGAUUCAUGGAUUACCAUCUGAAAUCAUUUCUGACAGAGGACCCCAAUUUAUCUCGCAGGUAUGGAAAGAUUUCUGUUCUGUGUUAGGAGCACAACCUAGACUGUUAUCUGGUUUUCACCCUCAGACAAACGGCCAAUGUGAGCACUUGAACCAGGAGAUGGAGAACACCCUGAGGUGUUUAUGUACCAACAAUCCACAAUCCUGGAGCAAACAUCUCAUGUGGGCCGAGAAUGCUCACAACACCCAUAUAUCUGCAGCCACAGGUACAGUAUGUCACCUUUUUAAACAUCACUAGGUUGUCAGCCAUCUCUCCUUCCUUCUUCUUGUCCCGAGCCAGUUCUUCCAUCUGUCAGAACGUACUUCACCCACUGCCAAAGGAGUGGGCACAAACUAGAGCUGCUCUCCAGCGUUCCUCAGAUCUAUGCAGAUAGAAGAAGAAGACCAGCUCCAACCUACUCACCUGAACAGAAGGUUUGGCUCUCUGCUCACUAUAUCCCGUUAAAUCUUACUCUAAGAAACUGGCUCCUAGGUUCAUUAGUCCUUUUCCCGUCAAAAAAACUCAUCAGUCCGUUUGCUGUGAGCCUCAAACUCCCGUCUCAUCUCUGUGUCCAUCCAACUUUCCAUAUGACCCAAGUUAAACCAGUGGCCAAUCCUUUGUGCCCUCCAGCAUGGAUCUGAGCACAGGUUUGUGUGGAGUGUUGUUCCUGCUUUUUCCACAGGGGUACAACAGGCAGCUGUUGCAACACAGCUGCAGAUGAUCAGGAGCCAUCAGGGAAGACUUCAUAAGCUGCUGAGACCUUGGAGGAGGCAUCAGGUUACCGCUCUGAGAAACCCAGUCCUGGUUCUUCAGUAUUCGGUCAACCUUCGAUCGGGUUGGUUGACACUUAAGUGUGUUUAUCUCAGCUGAAUGACUCUUCCUGUUUCCCUGGACCUGCCAGCAGAAGGAAAUUGUCCAGAUCCAGAGAACCUCAGCUCAUAAUCCACGCUCUGCCUGUCUACCCUCCAACAAAACUCACCUCCUGGAAGAUUCUGCUCAUACAGCACGCCAACCUGUCAACCUCAGAAUCCGUGGCUUGCUGUCUGUCUUCUAAAUCAAAUACCAUCUCCUCCAAGGGGAUUCUUAAUUCCAUAUCUCCUCAUGCUGUUUCUGGAGGGUGUGCCUUUGUUCUACUUGGAACUAGCCAUUGGUCAGAAGAUGCGUCUAGGCAGCAUUGGGGCAUGGACUGCUAUAAGCCCAUAUUUAGGAGGACUUGGUCUUGCCAGUGUUGUAACAUCAUUGUACUUGUGUCUCUAUUACAACAUUAUCAACGCAUGGAGUUUCUGGUACCUCUUUCACUCAUUUCAACCUGUCUUGCCCUGGGCAGCUUGCCCUGUAAAUUCCAACCGGACAGGACCUAUAGAGGAGUGUGAAAGAGCUACACCCACCCAGUAUUUCUUCUACAGAGAAACCCUUAACAUCUCUCCCUCUAUUCAAGAGAAUGGAAGCAUUCAUACAGGCCAGGCACUGUGUUUCCUGCUUGCCUGGUUGAUAACUUAUCUAUUUAUUGUCCGAGGUGUAAAGUCAACUGGAAAGGUUGUGUACUUCACUGCAACAUUUCCAUAUGUUGUCCUGUUUAUCUAUUUGAUUCGAGGCAUUACUCUUCAUGGAGCUAUAAAUGGUGUCAAAUACAUGUUCACACCCAAGAUGGAAGAACUUUCCAAUCCUACUACUUGGAUCAAUGCAGCCACUCAGAUCUUUUUCUCUCUGGGAUUGGGUUUUGGGUCACUCAUAGCUUUUGCCAGCUACAACCAAUACCACAACAACUUUGAGCACCAGGCCAUCAUUGUCUCUCUUAUCAACAGUGGAACCUCCAUCUUUUCCUCAGUUGUAACCUUUGCCAUCUAUGGGUUCAAGGCGACUCUCAACUAUGAGAAUUGCUUGGAGAGGACACGCAUUGUGCUGCUCAACACUUUCAGUCUAGCCGAAGACAGCAUAACAAUUGACAAUGUUUUUGAAUGGAUUGGGAAGCUGAACAAAACGUAUCCAGAGCAGUUCGCUGAACUUAGCUGCAAACUGGAAGAUUGCAACCUUGAGAGUGAGCUAAGCACGGCAGUAGAGGGCACAGGUCUGGCCUUUAUAGUGUACAGUGAGGCCAUAAAGAACAUGCCAUUGUCUCAGCUGUGGUCAGUGCUGUACUUCGUCAUGCUUCUGCUGUUGGGAAUGGGCAGCAUGCUGGGAAACAUCACAGCCAUUAUCACUCCGCUUCGAGACUUCAAGGUUUUGUCCUGCAUUAGUGAUGAGAUCUUUAAUGGAGUUGUGUGCUUGGUAUGCCUUCUGCUUGGCCUUGGUUUCACAACGUCAUCAGGAAACUACUGGUUUACCAUGUUCAAUGACUAUGGAGCUACUUUCUCCCUGUUGUUCAUUGUCCUUAUUGAGGUCAUAACUGUCAGCUACUUUUAUGGAAUCAAAAGGUUUGAUAAAGAUAUAGAAGACAUGCUUGGUCAUCGUCCAAACUGGUUCUGGAAAAUCAUGUGGGCAGGAGUUAGUCCCCUUCUUCUUAUCGGCCUCCUCUUGUUCUAUGUCAUUAACAUCAUCCAAGGAGGAAUACCUACCUACCAAGCAUGGAACAAAGACCUGGGGAAAUCAGAGCAGAUGGAGUAUCCUCUCUUCGGGCUGGUAUUCAUCGGACUGCUCUCGGUAUCUUCGGUGAGCUGUGUUCCUCUCACAGCUUUAUACGUCUUCUGGCAGAGGAGAAAACAUGCACAGCGGCAUAAGCAACAGUGUACUGUGAAUACAGUAGCUGCUUAGUGAUUGGAUGGUGACAGGGCCAAACUUCCUUUUCCUCACCUUGGACAGUCCCACCAGGUGAAAGGCAAGACUAUAGCUUCCAUCAUGUAUUAUAUAAUGGAACAAUAGCAAACAAUAAGCAUUCGUUUGUGUUUUCUUCACAUUUUUGUCAUUUUCUUUGGUUUAAAUCUGUGAACCAAAGCUUUUCAAGAUUUUUGAUACUGGACAAGAUAUCAAUGUUUUCUGAAUAAUGUGGUGUUCCUGGUGAAAUCCAGAAGUAAACAAAAUCUUUAUUAAUUUUAUCUUAGAUAUAUUUUUUACUGAAUCAACGGAUUCUUUGAGCCAGUCAACAAACUGUGAUGUACACUGGAGUAGAUUCAUCAGUUCUUCUACAGAGUGAGACGAAUUCCUUCAUCAACUAGUUUGCGCAUCUUAACUGUGGCACCUAAUAUAGGUUAUGUCAUGUAUGUAAAUAAAGUGUAGGUUAUCUGAUUGUCAGAGAUUUUAAAUGUUAAUUGUAAUUGUAUUCAGUGAUUUAUAUAACACUGGUUCCCUGCUUGAGUGAUGAUGAAAUUAAGGUAUUUAGCUUUGUUGCUCACACAAUGAGCAAUUGAAUGUGGGGUUUUAGAUUUUGUUUUCCAUAUCUUAGUGUUUUUUGUUGAUUUUGCUUUGGGUUGCACUGUCACUUCAUAGCAUAAUGUAAGCUAGUUCAAAUCAUAGCUGAGGCCUUAUGUACAGAGUUUAUUUUUCAAUCCUGAAUGGAUCUUCUCCUGGUCCUCAAAUUUUCUUUGAUAGUCCAAAAACAUGGAUUAGGUUUUUAUUAGGUUAAUUGAUCUCUACAUUUCCCUUGUGUCUAAAUGUGAUAUGGGCACCAUUUAUCUGUAUUAUCACAGUGAUCAAUUGGGGGAUCUGCCCAGCAUGUGCCUUCUGCUUGUUUGCUACCGAAAUAUGCACCAGCCCCCCAUGACCCUAACAGGAUUUAGUGGGUACUGGAAAUGAACCAGAUUUUAUCGUACACAACUGCUUCAAAUUCAGCUUUGAAUGUGAAUCUUAUUAUGUAAGUACAAAUUAGGUCAGUUACCAGUGCAGUCUUGUAAAAACUAUUGAAAUUUAAUAUUCAACACUGCAAUUGUAAUAAGAAAACACAUUUUUUGUUUUUUGUACAUGUUUCUCACAUAAGCUUUAUUUGUUUAUUAUUAUCUUAGCAAUUGAGCAUUUUAAAUUAGUUGAAUUACAAUUUUAUUGUAGCUUAGGUAACAUCACAUCACUGUGGCUGAAUGUUGCUGAAUAUGUUUUUAAAUCCUAAUGAAAAAAUAUGUUGGACAGAGAAAGAAAAUGUUGAUGAUUUAACAGUCUAAUAAUCUGACAAAAGGGUUGUAUAAAAGUUUUGAAAAGCACAUUUAUAAAUUUGUUGUGUCCAAAGAAUGUGUCCAGAAUUGUCAUUUUAAAAAUGAAUUACUUUUUUGACUACUUUUAUAGUGCCAUUUUGAUUAGAGCAAAUCGAUACAAAAGCACCUAUAUCAUCUUUUCAUAUAUUUGUAAAUUAAAAUGUUGCAACUGAAA